AUGAUUUCAAACGGUGCCUUCGAUGGAGAUCCAUAUGGAGUUGCACCAUUUCAACAAGGAAGAACAUUUAUGACACCACCACGUAAUCCAGCAGUUUAUUAUAAUAAUUCAAGUUAUUCUCAACCAUCAAUAAUGACACGUGAUGCUCCAAUGACUAAUAAUGUUAGUGGUCCUAAUAACAAUAAUUCUAAUGCUUAUUUAACUGAUAUACAUUCACAUUCAGUACAGAACAAAUAUUCACAUCCUAAUACUAUGUUGGGUACAUCACGUUUAGCACAUCUUGGAGUUAGUGGACCAUUUAGUAGUCUUGGACCUGUUUCCAGUCAUGUCGAUGCAGCAGCAGCCUUGGAUAAUAGUUCACGUAUAUCACCAGAUAAUAAUCUGGAUUUUUAUGGUUAUUCACAAGCAGCAUCCUAUAAUAUGCAACAAUUGACAGAUGAUGAUCUAUUAAUAAGUGGUUCGAAUCAUCAUGAAGAAAAAGAACGUACAGCACCACCUGAUAUGUCAUCGGUUCGACAAGCUCGACCUGAUUUUGCAUAUUUUAUGACUGAUGAAUUGAGAGCUGAACUACUCAGACGUAAUCAUAUGUUAACUGUAUGUGCAAAUCUCGAUGUAGCAGCAGCUAUGCCAGAACGUGUAGGUGAUUAUUAUAAUUUAAUGCCACUUGAUAGUAGUCAAGCAAAUGUACCACAUAAAUCACGAACUUUUCGUUAUCAAACAAUAAGUUAUAAAGCAACACAUAUUCGAACAAAUGCUAUAUGUUAUUUAAAACGAAUAAUGGGUUGUAAAUUACCAACAGUACGUUUAUAUGAAGUUGUUGAAACAUGGAAAAAAAUAAUACAUGCUAAUAUUGCACAAUUACGUGAAGUUUUUUUAACAAAAGAUUUUAAUGAUGAUCAACCUUCUAUUAUUUUUGUUUAUGAUUUUAUACCAUGUUGUGAAACAUUACAAAAACGUCAUUUUAGUUCAAAUAAUAGUCUAUUAAAAGGUUGGUCAAAUCCUUAUAAUAUAUCUGGUGAAGAUCGUCCAUUUAGUGCUGGAAAAGGAACUAAUCAAACUGGUUUAUUAGCUGAAGCACUUAUAUGGGAAUAUGUUGUACAAUUAUCAUCAUUAAUACGAACAUUACAUGCAGCAUUACUUUCUUGUCGUUGUUUACAUUUAUCAAGAAUACUUGUUGAUGGUGAUUCAAAAGCAGGACGUGCAAAAUCUAGAUUAUGGUUAAGUGGUGUAGGCAUUGCUGAUAUUCUUGAUGGAAGUAUUAAUACAAGUGUUCAACAACAUAUACAAAAUGAUUUACAAGAUUUUGGUCGUUUAAUAUUAAUGUUAGCAUGUAAUUCAAUUGUAGGUGCUCAAAAAGAACAUUUACAAACAUCAUUAGAAAUUGUUCAAAGAAGUUAUUCACAUGAUCUUAAAAAUCUUAUAUUACAUUUCUUAUUACCAUCAAAUCCAUUAAAACCAAAAAGUAUUAAUGAUUGUAUGCCAAUGAUUGGUGCACGAUUUUAUGCACAUAUUGAUAAUUUACAUGUACGUGGUGAUAUACUUGAAAAUGAAUUAGCAAAAGAACUUGAUUGUAGUCGUUUAUUUCGACUAAUUUGUAAACUCAAUACAUUACUCGAACGACCUGAACAUUCAAUAAAUCAAGCUUGGUCAGAAACAGGUGAUCGAUAUAUUCUAAAAUUAUUUCGUGAUUUUAUAUUUCAUUCAAUUGGUUUCGAGGGUGAACCAGUUAUGGAUAUGGCACAUAUUGUUCAAUGUUUAAAUAAAUUUGAUGCUGGUUCACAUGAUAAAAUUUGUUUAACAUCACGUGAUGAACAAAAUGUUAUUAUUGUUAGUUAUUCCGAAUUACAUCAAGCAUUUGAACGUUCAUUUACUGAAUUAAUGAAUUAUGGAUCGACAGGAUCAUCUUGA